CUGAGUUUUUUUAAUUUUCUAUGUUAUCAUUAUUAAGAAGUUAUUAAAAUUAUUGAAAAAUUGUGUACAUACCUUUGUACUAAAAGCUUUAUAAUCAAAUAAUUUAUACAAAAAGAAGAAAUAAAAAUUCUUAAGUUGAAUACAAUUGUUUAUCAUCACAAUGUCAACAGAUUUUUAUAUACGUUACUAUGUGGGGCACAAAGGAAAAUUUGGUCAUGAAUUUCUUGAAUUUGAAUUUAGGCCUGAUGGUAAAUUGCGAUAUGCAAAUAAUUCGAAUUACAAGAAUGACACAAUGAUUCGAAAAGAAGCAUAUGUCCAUCAGUGUGUAAUGGAAGAAUUGAAAAGGAUUAUUCAAGAUUCUGAAAUUAUGCAGGAAGAUGAUUCUUUAUGGCCACAACCAGAUCGUGUUGGACGCCAAGAAUUAGAGAUUGUAAUCGGUGAUGAACAUAUAUCAUUUACAACUUCAAAAACUGGUUCUUUGUUGGAUGUAAAUCAAUCACGAGAUCCAGAAGGACUGAGAUGCUUCUAUUAUCUUGUACAAGAUUUGAAGUGCUUAGUGUUUUCUCUUAUUGGACUUCAUUUUAAAAUAAAACCUAUAUAAAGGUACAAUUAUUA